GGGCAUAAAAUAAGCAAUCAAAGCAUCUCUCUCCCUCUCCCCUCCAACAACUUUGAUCAGACACAGAAACAGAGAGAGAGAGAGAGAGCUUGAAUGGCGAACAGUGUUGACGAUGAUCAAAAGCCUCUGAAAAAGAUAGCAGAGGCGUUCAAAGACCUCGCCAACACGUUGAAUUCACAAACACCAGAUGCCCAACUCGAAGUCGGCCCUUUCUCUCACGCCUGCUCUCUCGUCUCCCCUCUCUUUGGCUGCCUUGGCAUCGCCUUCAAGUUCGCCGAAAUGGACUACGUCUCCAAGGUUCAUGAUCUUUGUGAGACAUCGCAGUCAAUUGGGACUUUGCAGAUAAUGAUCGAUCGUGAUAUGGAGGCGAAUUGUGUGAGGAAAGGCGGGAGUCAUACGAGGAACCUUUUGAGAGUGAAGCGUGGGUUGGACAUGGUUAGGGUAUUGUUUGAGCAGAUUAUAGUUACAGAUGGAAAUUCGUUGAAGGAUCCAGCUUCAACAGCCUAUGCACAAGUAUUUGCUCCACACCAUGGAUGGGCUAUUAGGAAAGCUGUUGCUGCUGGGAUGUAUGCCCUUCCUACCAAGGCACAGCUAUUGAAGAAGCUCAAUGAAGAUGAGACCUCGGCUCGGAUUCAGAUGCAAAACUACAUCGCUGCGUCUACUCCAGUCAUCCUGUACGUUGACAAACUUUUCCUUUCAAGAGAGUUGGGUCUAGACUGGUGAACUUGGACUUCCACUCUGAUUUCUUCACUGGAUUUCUUCACUGUGAACAAACAUCUUGAUGUACUAAGUAAAAAAUAGAUUACAGCUAACUGUUUCCUUGCAUGAAUUAGCACAAAUCCCUCAUGUGAGUGUUGUAUAUUGUUUUAAUAAACAUAUGUUUUUUUCAUUGCUAAUGUGAUGUGAUUGGUUGAAAA